UCACUUUAAUUUCUUAAAGACUGAUUAAAGUCAGUUAUAUUUCACAUAAUUAUUUACAGUAAUACGUGUGAAAAUGUCUUCAACGGAAAAUGUUUCUCAAAAUGUUAUAUGUCAUCCACCUUUGAAGUAUGGUGAUUAUUUAUACGUUGGAAAGAGAACACUUCACGCUCGAUACCAGUAUCAACCCAAAGUGGAAGAAAUAAAAGAGAUUACUCAAACGGACAUUCAUAGCGUUCCACUAGAGGAAUUUGUAAAAUUAUUUGGCACAGAUGUCGAUAAGGGGUUAACCUCUCAUCAAGCUGAAGAACUUCUUCUUAGAGAAGGGCCCAACACACUGACGCCAUGUGCAAUUCCCUCCGAUUACAUGAUGUUUCAUGAUCAUUCUUUCUUAACGUCAGCCCUUUUGUUGGCAACAAGCAUCUUUUGUUUUGUCACCGUCUUCGUACCAUCACAGAAACGUAUGGGAUCACAUAAAUUUGAUAAUGUAUACUUUGGUAUAGUACUUUUGAUAGCUAUCUUCAUUCUGAGACUCAUUCCAUGGAGGUUGAAACAGAGAAGUACCGAAGUUUUGAACUGCUUAAGGAGCAUGUAUCCACAGUUUGUGAGGGUCGUACGAGAUGGUGAAAAGAUCCGAGUCCCUCAACAAGAUGUCGUCAUAGGUGACGUUGUUCUGAUAACAGCUGGAGAUGUGCUGUCCACUGAUCUCCGUAUAAUUGACGCCUUAAAUCUGGAGAUUGACAGUUCAAGUUUGACUGGGAACAGUGAAUCACAAAUUAAGUCACCAAACUGCACCAGCGAGGACGCAUUUAUGUCGGAGAAUAUAGCUUUCUGUGGAACUCGAUGCAUAAGUGGUUAUGGUACUGGGGUUGUGGUGGCAACAGGCAAUAGAACUGUGAGGGGUCGGUUGAUCAGGAGGAUGACGGUUUUGCAGAGCUCUACCACAGAACUUCACUCAAAGGUACAAAGACUCGUUCGGAAAAUGGGUUGUUUUGCUAUCAUCAUCGGAUUAAAAUUUCUCGUGCUUGGUCUUUAUCGCAAUUACCUUUGGUCGGAUAUUUUAAUAUACAUCAGCAUUCUGGUCAUUGCACUCAUUCCUGACGUACUCACCACGAAUGUUGCAAUGUGUCUCACCGAAACAGCUUUCCGUAUGGCAUCGAAGAAUUGCCUGGUCAAGAACUUGGACGUCGUAGAGUCCUUGGGCUUCACAAGUGUAAUCUGCUGUGAUAAAACGGGGAUAAUCACUCAAAACAGAAUGACAAUUUCACACAUCUUGCUAGACCUCAAAAUGCUGGAUGUUUAUCACAAAGAUAUAAAAAUGAGUGCUGUUUCCUCGAAUACGUGGACACCAUUCAUCCGUGCAGCCGCUUUGUGCAGUACAACAAAGCAGAAAUCCCGCCGAAGGAGAAAUGUAAUAAUUAGUGCUUGUUCAUGUGAUCCUUCUGAAGUCGCCAUUAUGGAAUUCCUGCUCUCCAAAGUGGAAGACAUUGACAGCAUCAGGAAAAUGUAUCCCUUGGCUUAUGAUGUGCCUUUUACCUCCAAUAAGAAGUACCAUGCAACUAUUCACGAGAUGAAACAAUCGGAAAACGAGAACAGCAGUUACUUGCUUUGUAUGAAAGGGGCACCUGAAAUAAUUCUAGAUUUCUGCGAUUCGUUACUUUUAGAUGGAAAUGAAGAAACUAUGGACCAAACGCAGAGAAACGCUUUUAAUGAAGAUUUUGGAAAACUCAUGGCCUUGGGUGAAAGAGUCAUAGGUUUCUGUGACUUGGAACUACCAAAGGACAAAUUUCCAUUGGGAUAUACCUUUCGAGAAGAUAAUAUUCCAUUCAAAGGCCUCCGUUUCCUGGGUCUGAUGUCUAUGAUUGAUCCGCCCAGACCUUCCGUGCCAGAAGCAAUAAAGAAAUGUCGCAGAUCUGGAAUAAAGGUAAUUCUUCUAACCGGAGAUCAUGAUAUCACUGCCGUAGCCAUUGCUCGAGAAGUAGGGAUUAUUUCUCCUAAAGCCGAAACGAGAAGUGAAUUAGCCCAGAGACUGAAAAUUAAUAUCGAAGAUGUCCAACCAGGAUCGGUCAGUGCUGCAGUCAUACACAACGAUGAGCUAGAAGACAUGGAUUCAGAAGACCUGGUCAAGUUAUUGAAAACUUACCAGGAAAUAGUUUUCGUUCGUAUAACACCCUUCCAGAAACUUCAGAUUGUUGAAGCCUUGCAGAGUUUAGGAGAAGUUGUAGCCAUCACGGGCGAUAGUCUGGAGGAUGCCCCAGCGCUCAGGAAAGCCGAGAUUGGUUUAGCAACAAGUAUGAAUAGCUGCGAUGCAAGUCAAGAAGCUGCAGAUAUGAUUUUAUUGGACAAUAACUUUAGUUCCAUAGUGUCAGGAAUAGAAGAAGGUCGACUAAAUUUCGACAAUCUUCAAAAGUCAGUCUGUUACGUCCUCAUUGCCAAUAUUUCCGAAAUCAUUCCAUUUCUACUGAUGAUGAUCUUCCAUAUACCAUUGCCACUGGGGAGUAUCUUCAUUUUGUUCAUCGAUAUAGGAAUAAAUCUGCUGCCGACGAUUACCCUUGUUGUAGAGAAAGCUGAGUCAGAUGUCAUGGACAGAAAGCCGCAUAGUCCUGAAAAAUGUUAUUUAGUACAUUCUAGAAUUCUGGGAAAAACUUAUUUACAAAUAGGUGUUAUCGAAGUUUUAGCUGGAAUUUUCACGUACUUUGUCAUAAUGGCUGAAAACGGAUUUUUGCCUCACACGCUGCUAGAGACAGGUGCCUCCUGGAAAUCGAUAGCUAUCAAUGACGUCGCUGAUUAUUUUAACCAAGAAUGGACAUACACAGCUCGGAAAAAUCUAGAAUAUACGUGCCAAACUGCUUUCUUCAUUACUAUAGUCUUUACACAGUGUUUCAGUCUCUUAAUCAGCCGAGUGCGAUGGGAUUCCUUGUGGCACCAUGGAAUGAGAAACUAUUUCCUGAAUUUCUGUUUUCUAUGUGAAACAGUACUAGCUGUGAGUUUUUGCUAUAUUCCCGGAAUGGAUCAUAUUUUACACAUGUUCUCAUUAAAGUUCGUAUGGUUGUUGAUGGGUCUACCUUUCGGAUUUCUCAUUCUGGCAUACGAUGAACUACGCCGUUACUUCGCUAGACAUUCUGUUCCAAAUUCUAAACUGGAAGAAAAGAAUUUCUAGAUAACAACGUGUAAUUCUAUUAGAAUAAUUCUUACAUGGGAUAUCUUAAGUACUAUAUUUUAUUUUGAAGUUGGAUGCAAUAAAUUCUGAAAGGCAAAAUGCUCUUACAUUAGUUAACUGAAAAUUUAUUAGAAACUAAACGUACAAUAUAUGACGUUAAAAUUCAAAGGCAAAUUUAGUGAAUGUUUGGAAAUACUUGC